AUGUCUUUCCAAACCGUCGUUUCUCAACAAGCCGUAUCUGAAAAUGCUAUCAAAAAUCACAGCAAACGCGACUCCGGUUUCGCCGAAUUCUUUGAAUCCGUUACUGAUCUUCACGCAAACAAAUUCUGUCAAAACGAAACUUUCAGCAAUGAAUCUGGAAUUAUCCCGUAUGCUAACUAUCUUGGAACCGCCACAGCCUCUAAAAGACUCGUUCACAAGAAUCAACCAGAAGAUCGCAUUAUUAGUCCUCUCGAAGAAAUUUUUAAACCAAUCAUACAAUCGCCCGAGAUCACUAUUUUUAAGAAACAACACGGACUCUUACCUUAUUGGUAUACUUGGACUAAAAGAAAACUUUAUAAUGCAUAUCGUUGUGCGACACGAGAAUCGAAUUUUGAAGACAAAAGAAUCAAUUCAAUUGAUGAACUUCGAGAGGAGACGAAGAAAAAUGCAGGACAAAUAGAGACUUUAAUAGAUCGAAUUAAAUCUGUAAAAGAAAAGUAUCAGAUUUAG